CGCGCCGAUGAUUUCAUAUCCCGCCCCCCUCCAUCCUGUCCGAGCAGACGAGGAGGAAACAGAUGACUCGUCUGCAGCGUUCAGGUUGAAACCUGCCGACUGAAACCUUCCGAGGACUGAUUCAGAGAAUUAAACCGCCCCAGGGAGCGAGUUUAAAGGAUGCUGUGAUGAAGUUGACCUGCACAGUCCACAUCCACUAAACAAACAGGUCUGACUUCCUGCUCCGAUGACCCGCCUCCUCCGUCUCCACCUGUGAGUCCACCUUCUGUUGACCAGUGGGCGGGGCUGGCCCUGCUCGGUGGGCGUGGCCGGGGUGAUGGACAGCCGAUGCAGUAGCAGCGCCGAUUCUCGGCUGACGGGCAGAGGGGUGGUGUCAAUCAACACCAAGCCCAUCUGUGCGAGGGUGGAGUCGUACGAUGCCGGCGAGAAGAAGUGCAUCUCUGACGUGAGGAGGACCUUCUGCCUCUUCGUCACCUUCGACCUCUUGUUCAUCACCUUGCUCUGGAUCAUAGAGCUCAAUGUGAACGGUGGCAUUCAGAACCAGCUGAAUAAAGAAGUUCUGCACUACGACUACCGAGCCUCCUUCUUCGACAUUUUUCUUCUGGCUGUUUUCAGGUUUGCCACGCUCAUCCUGGCCUACGCCGUCUGUAAGCUCCGUCACUGGUGGGCCAUCGCAAUCACCACUGCGGUCAGCUGUGCUUUCUUGAUCGUUAAAGUCAUUUUAUCAAAGCUGCUCUCUCAGGGGGCGUUCGGGUACCUGCUGCCCAUCAUCUCCUUCGUGUUGGCCUGGAUAGAAACGUGGCUGCUCGACUUCAAGGUUCUGCCUCAGGAGGCCGAAGACGAAAACAGAUAUCUGUCCAUCAUGGACGCCACAGAGCGAGCGCCUCUCAUGUAUCCGGGUCCAGUAUCUGACGGACAGUUCUACUCUCCUCCAGAGUCUGUGGCAGACUCUGAUGAGGAGCUGGAUGAUAAACACGAUCCAGAAAAAGGGCUCAUACAGCAGCUGACCUAACAGGAUCUUGUGAAGAUGAAGCGUUUCUCCUUCCUGUCGUGCCGCUGAGGGAAACUUCUGCCUUACACAUGCAGCCAGUUUGGUUUUUAUUUGUCUUUGUAUGUUCAAACCUUACGAAUGCACCUCAGUUUCUGAUAUCGGCCUCCUGCAUGUACACUGGAACUGGAAAAGUGCUGCUUAAAAAAGCCGUUUCUGUAUCGACACUUUGGAGAAUAUCUGUACACAAACUUGCACAUUUUGUCCGAGACUCCCAGACGCACGAGAAGAAUUCGAUCGAAUGAAAGAAAGUCAAAUAUUUGAAGGUCGAUUUCAGAAUCAGAAUUAAAAGUGUUGUGUUCCGGUGACAAAAGAAACUCUGUCUCUAACGUCAUGUUUACUUUUAAUUUGUUGUUGAUCAUUUUCACUGUAAGGGAAGAUAAGCUUUCUUCACUGACUCUGCUUUAAGAAAAGAAGGAUUUUUCGGCCAGUAUUGAGCUUACGGAUCACAUUUGUAGCAAACGAGAGGAAGAAUAUUUACAGUUUACUGCAUUUAUAACCGGGUUUGACUGCGUCUGGGUCUUAAACACAGUGAGAAAACUUGCACAGAACACUGGAACAACAUAAUAGGAUAAAAACUGAAGAAUAAAUCUGCUUCUGAAAAAGUGAAGUGUUAUUUAAUGUAAAAACAAGAUGAGCCGUGUGCCGGCAGUGAGACAGGCUGAGCUGCACUGUGUGAACUGUAAACAGCUGCUGGAGCUCGUGUGAGCUGAAACAAACAUGUACAUACCGGGACCUUCGUGCAUGCAAGCAGAGUGUUUUUGUUUUUAAGAAAAGCUUGUCUGUAAAACAGAAUCAUUAAAAUGUGAAAUCUUGUG